AUGGAUGAAGAAGAAAUAAAUACAAAAAUAAUUACUACAACAGAUAAUUCAAUAAAGCUUCUAAAACUUCCACCUAAUGCUACUUCUAAAGGUGUAGGAGGAUUUGGAGCAGGAAAAUACUCUUUUAAUAAAACGAAGACAAAUAUUAAUGAGGAAGUUCCGAUUUCAACAACUCAAGCAAUGGUUCAAGUUUACAUACGAGGUCGUGGACGUGGACGUUAUGUUUGUGAAAGAUGUGGAAUUCGUUGCAAAAAGCCUUCCAUGUUGAAAAAACAUCUUCGUUCCCACACAAAUGUCCGCCCUUUCACUUGUAUGACCUGCAAUUUUUCUUUUAAAACAAAAGGCAAUUUAACAAAACAUUUGGUCUCAAAAACUCAUAAACGUCGAAUGCUUGACUCAAAUAAUGAGGAAACAAUGCAAGGGAUUAAUACAACAAAAUCUUUAUUGGAAAGAAAUUAUGGGAAUGAAGAAGACGGGGAAGAAGGGGGGAGAUUGGUGGUUGUGGAGGAGGAUGAGGAAGAGGACAACAACAACAAUAAUAACAUCCCUACAACCUCCUCUAAAGACCAACAACAACAACGCUUGGAACGUAUACAAGAACAAGAACAAAGAAUGCGUUGGGAAGAAGAAGAUUGGGAUGAUGAUGAUGAAGAAGACGAGGAAGAUUGGGGAUUGUUAGUUGACCAUACUCCUCAAAAAGAUGUUGUGCCACCACCUCCACCUCUAAACUAUAGACAUUUUGGGCAAGAAAAUAUCCUUGUGGAGCGUGAAACUCACACACCUCCAACUCUUUGGACUCGUAUAGAUUGUUUCGGCACUUUAGCAGCAGCAGCUGGGGGAUAUACAGAUGUUAGCGGUGAUGAAGAACCUGAACCUUUAGAUAUGGGUUGGCCUCCACAAGAUUCAGAAAGAAUAUGUCAAUCAGCACCUCCAUCUGCCCUUCUCUCGCCUGGAGGACGUUCAAGAACUAAACGGAAGAAGAAGGGGAAAAUAAAUAAUAGCCAAGCAAAUGUAUCCGAUUUGAAAACAUCGCCAACAAAAUUUGAAUUUUUACAACAGGAUUCCCAACAAGAUUUAUCAUCACCUCCAGUAGACCAUCAACAUCAACAUUCUUCCCUAAUUAAUCAACAACCUCCCCCAGCCUUAGCUAACUUCAUUCCUUCAAUAUCAGAACAACAACAACAUUCCCUUCAACAAAGACAACAACAACAACCUUCUUUAGCUGCCCAAUUAGCUGUCGGUUUAUUACAAGUCCCUCCAUUUAAUAAUCAGCAGCAAACAACUCCAAUAGACUUAAGACAAUCCCAAUUUCAAGCCCAACAAUUUUAUUUCCAACAAAUUAGUGAACAACAGCAGCAACAUUCUUCUGCUUUUGCUCCUCCAAUAUCUUGUACUAACAACGGGAAUAAUGGAAAUAAUAAUUUUGUUUCUGCUUUAAAAUUUCUUGAAUGUCACCAAAUGAAUGUUGGGGGAACUCAACAAAUUAUUGGAGGGGAAAAUGAAAAUAAUAAUAAUAAUGGAGGAGGAGGAGAUUCAUUCACUACAAGAGGACCUCAAUCAACAUUAGAAGCAUUCCUUGCCACAGAUAUCCAACAAUUUCAUUGUGACAUGUGUGACCGCAAAUUUCGAAAAGAAUCCGAACUUUUAUUACACAAACAAACACACUUAAUCGAAAGAAAACAAAAAAAUAAUUUUUCUUCAAAUUCUGUUAAUAAUUCAUUUCAAUGUUCUGAAUGCCCGACAGUUGUUAGGUCAAAAACGAUGUUGAAUAGACAUACGGAAAGUGUUCACGGAAGAAGUGUGAAUUUGGAACAAUUAAAUAAUGGGCAAAAUUUGACUUCUCAAGUUCAAAAUAUUGGUGAGGAACAAAAAAAUUUUUGGACUCGAAAGGAGAUUCUUAUGAUUAGAGACCGGACAGAUAGUCGAGACGAGAGUCAAGACGAGACGUCGAGAUGA